AUGCGGGCCUUUCUUCGUCUUCGUCCUCCGGCCUCCGCCGCUGCCACCGGCAGCCCCGCCUCCCCCUCUGUUAGUCCUCCUCUUACAGCUCUCCGCCGAGUCUGCAGCUCCGGCGGCGGCGCUGACCCCCCACCACCAGAUCCUCAUCCUGCACCUCCUCGCCGGCCAUGGGCAAAGCUGAACCCGGAGGAGCCUCUCUGCAACUCCGGCCAUCUCCACGGCGGCGCCUCCUCCUCCUCCUCGCUCAGUUCCCCACCGGUAUCCACCAGCGGGGCUGACCCACCACCGCCUCCUCCUCGCCGGCCAUGGGCAAAGCUGAAUCCGGAGGAGCGGCUCUGCAACUCCAGCCAUCUCGGCGGCGCGGCCUCCUCCUCUCUCACUUCCCCGCCGGCAUCCACCGGCGGCGCUGACACGCCACCAUCUCCUCCUCCUCAAUAUCUGACGCCGGAGGAGAUAGCCCAGGUCAACCGCCUCCUCCCCAAUCUUUGCAACUCCGGCCAUCUCCGGGAGGCCGUGGCCCUGCUCGACGCCUCCCUCCUCGCCGGCGCGCCGCUCGACGCCCUCCCCGUCGCCGCCGUCCUCCGCCGCCUCUGCGGCGGCGGCGGCGACGACGACGAGCUCCUCCGCCACGACAUGACCCACUCCAUGGCCCUCCUCAACGCCCUCCUCCACAACCCCCGCCGCCAUCCGGCCGCCGCCGCCGCCAUCGCCGCCAUGCUCGUCGAGACCUACCUGGAGCUCCGCCGGCCACGGGAGGCCCUGAAGGUGUUUGACUGGAUGCGCAGGCCAAAGUCUCCAUGCCCGCCGGAGCUCCGCCUGUGGCGGGCAAUGGUGCAGGGGCUGUGCCGCUAUGGGAGGCUGCUGGAGGCGCUGAGGGUGGUGAAGGAGAUGCUGGUGGUGACCGGCGCCGCCGCCGUGGGCGGCGGCGGGGUGGCGUCGGAGGAGGGGGUGAGGCAGUGGGUUUACUGGAGCUUGUUGAAUGAGGCGCGGGUUAGGGAGGGACUGGAGCUGGAUGAGGCGCUGGGCGGUGUCUGUGAGGUGGGUGACGAGGAGGCUUGUGAGAGGGCUGUCCAGGUGCUUGAUCGGAUUAUCAGUAACUGGCGAGAUUGA